UCAGUUACUUCCGUGACGCCGAUCAGAAUGGUUCAUCUGCGCGGAAAACUUUUAAUCUUGUGUCUCAUCCUGGCCACUUGCCUUUCGCAAGGCCAGGCACACUAUUGGUUUCAGAACCAGCCUCAGGUUCAGCAGCAGGCUCAAAAUCAAAACUUAAAAUACAGUAUAUACCAGUACGACAAUGGCCUACAGUCUUGCGGAGGAUUGAAAGAUUAUGUGUGCGUUCCAAAACGUCAGUGCCGUACUCAAAUGACUUUUCGAGAUAUGAUAGGAGGCAACAUGGGGUGUUAUACCACGUCGACUUGCUGCCAUAAAAGCAAAAUUUUGACCGACACAAUCGAUGUCAUUCCACUGAGGGCCAACAACGAUUGCGGAGUUGUGAAUUUUGGAUCAGGCAGGGGAGGAAUCAGCAACCUAGAAGAUAUGGCCCAGGAGUCUGAAAUUACAUGGAUGGUGGCCUUAUUAAAAGCCUCAUCCAGUGAAUACGUGGCAGGUGGCUCCCUGAUCUCUUCCCAUAUCGUUAUCACAUCACAAAAAAACAUAGAAAGCAUGAUGGCCUCCGACAUUGUUGUUAGGGCUGGCGAGUGGGACUUCAAAACCACGACUGAGCAGUUCCCUCACGUAGACAUUAAUGUCUUGGAGAUCAAGCGUCAUCCUGGCUUUAAUUAUCAGACCAAGGGCAACAAUGUGGCCCUUCUUUUCCUCGAAAAAUCGUUUAAGAAAGCCCCUCACAUCAAUCCCAUUUGCCUGCCAAGGGCUCCUAAAACAUUUGAUCUUAACAAGUGCAUCUUCACUGGAUGGGGUAAAAAAUCCUUUGAAGAUACAACCUACAUGAACGUUAUGAAGAAGAUCUCUAUGCCGGUAGUCAAGAGGGGUACAUGCCAACAAAUACUUCGCCAAUUUGAGCCCGAUUUUGUCCUCGACAAUAGCUUGAUGUGCGCAGGCGGAGAAUCGGAAAAGGACUCCUGCACUGGCGACGGUGGCUCUCCACUGGCCUGUCCAUUGAAAGAAAAUCCCCAGCGGUAUGAACUGGCGGGUAUUGUCAACUUCGGGGCAGAUUGCGGAAUGGAAGGCAUCCCAGGCGUAUACACAAAUGUGGCCAACAUUAUCGACUGGAUUCGUCAGGAAACGGAUAAUGUUCCAGAGCCUCCUGAAGAAAUCUAUGCACCAACCUUUUCACCUAUCCAGUUCAUCAUCCCGGACGCCGAUAAAAACUCUCGAUCAGAAAUACCCAAUAGCAACGAAAAUAUUGGAACUCUGUAUGGUCGAGCUGAAAAUAACUGGAACGGUGUGGAAAAACCCAAAACAGCUGAUGACAACACCUAUGAUAUGACCCGCUUUUUUAGUUCUACAAUGGAUUACAAAUUCGUUUAAGGAAACUAUAUAAUAAACGGAUAGCCGACUUUUAACGCAAAAUGUUAUCCUUUUCAUUGUUAAGUAAAAACAAAUAAAAAACAGAAAGAAUUCAAAAGAUA